AUGUGUGGCAAAAGUACUUUGGACGAGGAGCGAGACGAUGGUGAAUCCAGCAAUCUCCAAAUUACAGUUUCAAAACCUUCAAGUAAUCAACCUCACAUUGGAUUCUCCACUAUACACAUAACAGAUGGUUCUGUUUACUAUGGUCUAUUCAGGGACCAGGAAGUUGCUAUCAAAAGGAUGACAACUGCACACACUAAAGAAUCUAUGAUAGAAUUGAAAGCUAUGUGCAGGGUUCAUCAUGCUAUCCUGGUAGAAUUUAUCGGUUAUGCAGCCAGUCAUGAUAACGAGAUUUUCUUGAUUCUCAAUAUGCUCAAAUGGGUUUACUCAGAAGCCAUUUAUAAGGGUCAUUUGCCGCUUUCUUGGAUCAUCAGGGUUCAGAUUGCGCUUGAUGCUGCUAGGGGCCUUGAAUACAUACAUGAGCAUGCAAAAGCUCAUGAUGUCCAUCAAGAUAUCACCACAAGCAACAUUUUACUUGCUGCUUCCUUUAGAGGCAAGAUAUCAGAUUUUGGGUUCGCAAAACUUAUAGCUAAAGGAAAUGUUGGAGAAGCUGCAACAAGAAAAUUUGCUACUUCAUAUGGAUAUCUUGCUCCAGAAUUCUUGGGAGAUGGCCUUGCAAUGACUGAGAGUGAUGUCUUCGCAUUUGGAGUUGUUCUUUUUGAGAUCAUAUCAGGGAAGGAGGCCGUUAUUCAAACUGAAGGUGUGGCGACAAAUAAUCCUGACAGACGUUCCAUUGGCAUCUGUUCUUUAGUUUUUAGAACUUCAUUAGCAGUUGUCUCAAUGCAGAUGGUUUCCAUUCUUAGGAGCACUUCAAGCCUGAGAGACAACAUUGGUCCUAGCAUGAUGAAUCUGUAUCCUUAUGAUAAUGUAUUUAAGAUGGCCAUGCUUGCAAAACAAUGUGUGGAGGAUGACCCCAUCUUACAACUCUAG